AUGAUGAAUCCACUGAGCCUCUUCAAGGUCGAGAAUCUCGACACUCGCUUCCGGCCAAAGAAUCCACAACCUUUACCCAACGCCCAGCCGUCACGAUGGAACACACCAGAGUACUACAUCUAUGCCCUGGUCUUCCUGACCAUCCCACCUUUGAUGUUCAAGUCUGUUUACGAUGUUUCCCAACCGGAUCACCCAAACUACGCUAGAUAUUCCCCUCUGCUAUCUCAAGGCUGGAUUCCUGGUCGGCUCGUCGACAACUCUGAUCUGCAGUAUCGUGGCUUCCGUGGCAACAUUCCCUAUCUGGCGUUACUACUGGUCUUGCACCCGGUGGCAAGGCGAGCGUAUGACUUCCUGCGAUCUGGUGGAAACAGUGGUCCAGGGAAUGGCUCAGCAGUAUCGAAGAAGAAGGACGAGACCGAGCGAGACGCAGCGGACUCUCGGCUGCGAGGACGGAUUCGCUUCGAUCUGGUCUUUGCCAUGAUCUUCCUGCUCGUCUUGCAUGGCAUCUCGAUCUUGAAAGUACUGUUGAUAGUCUACAUCAACUUUCAGAUCCCAACCAAGCUAUCGAAACAGUACGCCACGGUUGCCACCUGGGUCUUCAACAUUGGAAUCAUGUUUGCAAACGAACUUUGCGGCGGCUACUCAUUUGCCCGAAUGUUCGCUCUGUUCCUACCUACGCAAAUGACGAACGCCGAUUCGAAAGGUCCUCAAGCCAUCCAAAGCGACUGGGGCGCGUGGCUGGACUCUUACGGAGGUCUGACACCACGGUGGGAGAUUCUGUUCAACGUGACGGUCCUGCGCAUGAUAGCGUUCAACUUCGACUACCUCUGGAUGCUCGAUCGGCGAGAGUCGUCGCCUAUUGAAAAGAAGAACCUUGAUCCCACAGACCUCCCCGAGAAAGAACGCGUCAAGUCUGGCGCCUCUCCGAACGAUUUUUCUCUCACUACAUACCUGGCAUACACGCUCUACAGCCCACUUUACCUCGCCGGCCCCAUCGUCACCUUCAACGAUUACAUCUCGCAAUGCCGCCAUCCCUUGCGAACCCUCGACCGUUCUUACAUGAUCCCCUACGCCAUCCGCUUCCUCAUCUGUCUCCUUACCAUGGAGCUCUGCCUCCACUUCCUUUACGCUGUCGCCAUCUCCAAAUCUAACCCGGAUUGGACCACCUACACACCCUUUCAGCUUUCGAUGCUGGGAUACUUCAACUUGCACAUCAUCUGGCUCAAGCUCCUGGUUCCGUGGCGCUUCUUCCGCUUGUGGGCGCUUGUGGACGGCAUAGAUCCACCGGAGAACAUGGUCCGCUGCAUGAGCGACAACUAUUCCACGCUCGCCUUUUGGCGAGGCUGGCAUCGCAGUUUCAACCUCUGGAUCGUACGAUACAUCUAUCUGCCUCUGGGUGGCAGCCGUGUCAGCACACCGAGGGCGAUUGGGAACUUCAUCGCCGUCUUCACCUUCGUGGCACUAUGGCACGACAUCAACCUCCGUCUGCUAGCCUGGGGUUGGCUGGUAGUGCUGUUCAUACUGCCCGAACUCAUCGCAAGCUACAUCUUCCCCGCGAAGAAGUACGAGGGACGGCCGGACCUGUACCGCUGGCUGUGCGGAUUCGGUGCAGUAGGGAACAUUCUGAUGAUGAUGGUGUCGAGUUUGGUUGGGUUCGCUUUUGGCCUGGACGGGCUGAAGGGCUUUGUGGAUGGCAUUGUUGGGAGCCUAGGUGGGAGGGUAUUUAUGCUUGCGGCGUGCAUGACGCUGUUCGUCGGCUCGCAGGUGAUGUUUGAGGUCAGGGAGGCGGAGAGGAGGAGAGGGGUGGCGAUGAAGUGUUAG